GCGCGCAGUCUGUUUGGUGCUGUUGUCGUUUGGAUAGCGACGAAGGUAAGGGGAGGAGAGACUUCUUGGUUUCGCUGCUAAAGUUCCGAGUCGAAUCAGUCGAGAGUCAAGUAACGAUCGGUUCGCGUGUGCGUCCUGCCGCGUCCUGUCUCUCCACGCUUGUUCAUAUUCUGUUUCUCAUCCUCGUUGCUGUAAGCCAAGUUUUAACAAAAAAUUUGGUUUCAGUCGUCACAGUUUUGGUCGGCAGUGUGCACAAUUCCCUUAUUAAUCCUCAAACCCUUGUGUGUUUUAUUGUGGGUCGUUUUGAGAGAGAGCCAUCGAAAAGUUUAGAAAACAACAAAAUAACGAUGGUGAUUCAUCCGUUCGGCAGCCGGGAGUGAUUUGUAUAAAUUUCCAUCUCGAAAACAUUCCAAGGCCGUCAAAAAAAAAGGGGGAAGAAAAUUAGAAAAGAAAAAAAAAAAAAAGUUAAAAACACACAUUUCCUUGUGGUUUUUCUAUUUUAAUAUUUGAAACUAAAAAAAAAAACAGCGGCCAUUCUUCUCGCCACGCCGUUGGAGUCGCAUCGUGCCAAAAAUCGAAAAAAGGGCAACAAGUUUUGACCAACCCCCAAAAGUGAAAAUGGCUUCUCCUUUAGUUUUCAUUUCUCACCGAUGGCUCCUGUUGCUGAUUUGGUUCACCAUCGUUAACGCCUCUCUGCCAACAUCACCCAGUAACAACGUGAGCUGCUCGUCGGUUCGUUCGGCCUAUCGCGCCAGAGGAUUGCCCGACCGAGACGUCCCACAAUCCACACUUCCCAUUGCAGCAGGAAGUCAUCAGUUGCGGUUUUGCGGAUCGAGAGGCGCCGCCACUGCAGCCGGGUCAUCGCCGACAUGCUGUACCGAGGCCAUGGAGAACCGGCUGAACGAUGCCAGCCGCCAGCAGUACGAGCUAGUGGUGCGCAACGCCACUUCUUCUCUGUCGGCUACCUUCACCGCCCGCGCCAAGAAAUUCGACGAAUUCUUCCGUGAACUGCUGGAAAACUCCAAGCGCGACUUCCACGACAUGUUCAAACGGACUUAUGGCAUCCUCUACGAGCAGAACAGCGAGGUCUUUACCGAUCUCUUCCGCGAUCUCGAGGACUACUACGCUCGAGGCAAACUCGACCUAGAAGAAGCUAUGGAUCACUUCUUCACAGCCCUGUACCAGCGCAUGUUUACCGUUCUGAACGCCCAAUUCCGAUUUGACGACAAGUAUUUGAUCUGCGUCAACACGCACAUGAAGGAAUUGAAGCCAUUCGGCGACGUCCCUAAAAAGUUGUCGGUUCAGGUGAAACGCUCGUUCGUUGCUACCAGGACAUUCACGCAAGCGCUCAAUGUCGGACGCGACGUCAUCGCCAAAAUGCAAUCGAUGGAAGCGAGUGGCGACUGUAUGCGUGCCGUGAUGCGUAUGUCCAUGUGCCCGCUCUGUCAAGGACUCGGCGAGGUCAAACCGUGCGGCCACUACUGCCUCAACGUCUUUAAAGGAUGUCUGGCGUAUCACGCAGAUCUCGGAGUCGAAUGGGACAACUAUGUCGAUGCUCUGAUGAAAGUGGCCGACCGGCUCUUGGGCCCUUUCAAUAUUGAACUGGUUGUCGAUCCGAUCGAUAUCAAAAUUUCUGACGCCAUUAUGAAUUUUCAAGAGAAUGGCUACGAGAUUUCUCAAAAGGUGUUUAAGGGAUGCGGACAGCCACGGCUCGGCAAACGUAGUGCACCCUCGUCAGAGAUCAAUUUCGAAAGCGUGAAAUUCGAUCGGGCUGGCAGUGGUGGCACUGGCGGCGCCAGCGCUCGGCCGACCACGGCAGCUGGCACGUCACUCGAUCGCCUCGUUCGUGACAUUAAACAGAAGGUCAAAGCUAGUCGUGGUUAUUGGUCCAAACUGCCGCAGACGAUUUGCGCCCAUGAGAAACUCGCACCAUUGGCUGGCAGUGCCGAAGGAGACUGCUGGAAUGGCAGCGAACGAGCUCGAUACUCUGCCGCCUUGAUGGCUGACGGUGUGGCGGCUCAGGCCAGUAAUCCCGAGGUGACGCUGGAUGCCAGCCGGCCCAAUACUCUGGUCAAUGAUCAAAUUUUCACGCUGCGACUCAUCACCAACAAGCUCGAGAAUGCCUACAAUGGAAUGGACGUUGAAUGGGAUGAUUCCUCCUCGAACGGGAGCGGAAGUGGAAGUGGUUCGGGAGACGGUGCCGACUCGAUGGAGGAAGAUGACGACGAGGAUCGCGAGCGAGGAAGACAUCCCAGCGGCGGACACAACGCGAAUAGCGCCAACCGUGGCGGUGGCGCUAGUGCCGUCCCCGGAAUCGAUUCAAACCGGCAACAGCCCAAGAGCAAACCCAACCCAUACGACAGCAUUCCGCGGAAUAAUGCCGGCAAUGCAGAUGACGACGAUGAAGAAGAAGACGAUGAUAUUGAAUUCACGCAGGGAGGAAUUGCUCCGAAACCAGAGAACAAAAUACCGACCACCUCGUCCGCUCCGCCGGCUGACAGCACUCAACAACCGCUGAGCCCCAACAAAGCACUGACGAGCUAUCUCGUGCCUAUCGUCGUCAUGUGGCUAGGCAACAUGUUUUAAAAAUGUCUCACGACAAAUCCCCCUCCUCCUUUUUUUUUCUUUUUUAAAUCCCGCAUGCUUGUGAUCGUUUCACUUGCUUCAUUUAUUAUUAUUAUUAUUUUUUUUUUUAUUCUUCUGAGCCAAAGCAAGCGACAGGUAUACAUUUAUAAAUAUAUAAAUAAGUUUCAGGAGCGAGACGCAAAGUCCGCGCAAUCCCCACACAGCGACGCAAAUCCGUCUUCACGGCCUCCCCUUCCCCCCCCCCCCCCCCCCCCACCCUUUUUUUUAAUGGAUUGUACAUUUUCAAUGAACCACGCUCUUUUUUUUUUUUUUUCGUUGGUUGUUCCAACAGAGAUCCCCUUCCCUCUUUGGGUAAAAAGUUUAUUUAAGAAUCCCGUAAUUAUGAGGAUAUGUCUUAAUUGCGAGCUAGCUUAUUCCACCCCCUCUUUUCAAUCGCAAGACGGUUCCACGUCUGUGGGCAAAAAAAAAAAAAAAGAAAAGUAUUUAGCGAAAUGUGAAGGCGAUGUGAGAGGAAAGAGAAACACGAAUUUUUUAUUUUGAAAAUGGCGCCUAGUUCUCUAGUCACGGCCAAAUGAAACAAUGAAAAGGUGAGACGACAGAAGGAAUUUGGAACUUGGCAGAUUGCGAGCCACAUGCCGUGUAACUUCUUUUUUUUUCCCGAAAAAAACAAAAACAAAAUUAAAAUACGAAAAUCCCUCGCCCGUUCGCCGGCAUUGAAGCGGCGUGUGAAAGAGAGGAACAAGAUUUUCACAAGAUACAAUUCGGUUGACGAUCGCCAUCUGUUGCAAGUGAAUUGCGCACACAGAGAAGAUGUUCACCGCCAUUGACCUUUUUCUUUUUAUGUAACAAAAAUUCUUCUUCCCUUGUUUAAACUUAGAAAAAAAAAAAAAAAGAAAUUUAAAUUUAUAUGUCCGUACUUGUAUAUAAGUGGGUCGAAUUGAAUUGACUCUUUUUUAAGUGCACCGCUGUCAUGUCUGUGUCAUUUUCGUGAACUCGUCUUGAAAAACCAAACAAACAAAAAAAAGAGUAAGUUCCAACAUGUGUGAUGGUCAUGUUUCACCCCCUCAGUAACCACAAACGUCGUGCGGUUUUUACAUCAAUUUAUUAUUUCCUCCGUGUUUUUUUUUUUUUUUUUUUUUUUCAUUUAAAGGCGUGCCAAUUUAUUUUUUCACAUUGUGAGUCUUGUACAUAUAUCAUUACCCAUCCCCUUGCCCGCCUCUCUACUUUACAUUAUUCCCAUUUUCGUUGCAGGUCCCAUUUCCUAAAACAAAACUUACACGUGAAUUUUGAUGGAUGAAUUUGAAAUGACACACUGUGAAUAAAUAAUUUCAACGAAA